AAGCUGCUGAGCAACAAAAGUCCGGAGGAGCUGGAGGCGCUGGCGGAGGAGAAGACGCAGGGAGGCACGCCGCUGCUGAUCGCCUCGCGCUACGGACACCUGGAGGUGGUGGAGUACCUGCUGGAGCACUGCAGGGCCAGCGUGGAGCUCGGCGGAUCCGUCAACUUCGACGGCGAGACGAUCGAGGGCGCUCCGCCGCUGUGGGCGGCCUCCGCCGCGGGGCACCUGCCGGUGGUGAAGACGCUCCUGAAGCGCGGAGCCUCCGUCAACAGCACCACCCUCACCAACUCCACCCCGCUGCGGGCCGCCUGCUUCGACGGACACCUGGAGAUCGUGCGCUACCUGGUGGAGCACCGCGCUGACAUGGAGGUGGCCAACCGGCACGGCCACACCUGCCUGAUGAUCUCCUGCUACAAGAGCCACAAGGAGAUCGCCAAGUUCCUGCUGGAGCGAGGAGCCGACGUCAACCGCCGGAGCGUGAAGGGCAACACAGCUCUGCACGACUGCGCCGAGUCCGGGAGUCUGGAGAUCAUGAAGAUGCUGCUGAAGGGCAGCGCACGCAUGGAGCGGGACGGAUACGGCAUGACCCCGCUGCUCGCCGCCAGCGUCACCGGACACACCAACAUCGUGGAGUACCUGGUGCACCAGCCGCGUGCCGCCCGAGAGCACCGCAUCGACGCGCUGGAGCUGCUGGGGGCCACCUUCGUGGACAAGAAGCGCGACCUGCUGGGAGCCAUGCGCUACUGGAGGAGAGCCAUGGAGCUGCGGCAGGCGGGCGAGAAGACCCUGGCUAAACCGGCCCCGGGGCCGCCGGUGCUGGCGUACGACUGCGCCCGCGAGGUGUGCACGGCUGAGGAGCUGGAGGCGCUGAUCACCGACCCGGACGAGAUGCGCAUGCAGGCGCUGCUGAUCCGAGAGCGCAUCCUGGGGCCCUCGCACCCGGACACGUCCUACUACAUCCGCUACCGCGGAGCCGUCUACGCCGACUCGGGCAACUUCGAGCGCUGCAUCAGUCUGUGGAAGUACGCUCUGGACAUGCAGCAGAGCAACCUGGACCCGCUCAGUCCUAUGACGGCCAGCAGCUUCCUAUCCUUCGCCGAGCUCUUCUCCUUCGU